UCCUGAGCAAUAUAUGUUUUUGGCGAAAAAGACUGCAAUCUUGGCUGCCGAUUUAACGACCCCUGAUGCCAUAGUCAUCGUCGAUAGAAAAGGAAAUAUAGAGACGCUGGACAUUGACAUGAAGAAUAAGAAAAUAUAUUUUGCGGAAAAGGGAAAAGAGAUUCGUCGGGCAAAUUAUGACGGGACUUAUGAAGAAAUCGUUGUGAAGGAUGCUAAGACACGGGCAUUAACAAUUGAUUGGAUAGGACGUCGUAUAUUCUGGAGUGAUUCUUUGAAGUACAUCAUUAACGUGGCGACUUUAGACGGAAAAGACAGCAGAACGCUGAUUAAAACUCCCGGGCUUUGGGAUAUAGCAAUUGACCCCAUCGAAGGAUAUCUAUUUUGGAUUGGUCAUGAUGUUGGAAGAAACAUAAUGCGAAGACACUUGGCUACUAAAAAGGAAAAACAAAUAUAUGCUUUCAACAGAGAUGAGGAUUACUAUCUGGCUCUGGAUUACCACAGGAAGCGAGUGUACGCGUACGAGGGAAGGGGAUCAGUUAAUGUCAUAAUUGAAAUGGAUUACGAUGGUCGUAACAGCGAUCACACAACUAAUUAUGGCUCAGCUGUUCUUAGAGGAUGGAUGUCAGUGGACGUUAUUGGAGAUUCUCUUUACUGGAAAGAAAGAAGUUCACCCAUUGUCAUGAAAAUGAAUGUCACCAGUAGAGAUAUAUCUCGUUAUAUUCCGUUACCAAAAGGCUUCAACUUGAGAAAGCUUCUCGUCGUAGACAAAGAUCGACAACCUGAAGGAAAAUGCACAAAUAUUUCAUGUAUUCACGGCCACUGUUCUAGCACAAAUAGCUCAGAAAUUUGUCAUUGCGAUAAGGGUUUCAAAUAUAACGGACAAGCGUGCAAAGAUAUUGAUGAAUGCGUGCCAUCUCCGUGCAAUCUUACCGGUCUGGAACGAUCAUGCAACAACACUCCAGGUUCUUACAUUUGUAUGUGCAAAAAUGGGUCCAAUUUCAAGGAAGCAAGAUGUGCAGCCAACUCUGAACUGAAAAUCAGAUUGAAUGGUUCAAGUGACAAUAUGAGUGGAAGAGUGGAAAUCUAUCAUCCAACACUUGGCUGGGGCACAGUCUGUGGUGUCUUCAUCCACAAUCGUAGUCUUAGAUAUUUUGGCAUUACUGAAGGUAACGUCACCUGUCGUCAGUUGGGUUUUUCUGGAGCGACCAACAUCAGACCCUUGGCUCACUAUGGCAAAGGAAGUGGUCCUGUAUUGCUUUCUCAUGUUCAAUGCUCUGGUUAUGAAUCAUUCAUCUGGGAUUGCAGUCAUAAUGGAUGGAAUAAUCCUCCCUCGUACUGCGACCAUCGUGGUGAUGUCGUUGUGGAUUGCUACUGAGAUCGCAAUCAUUCAAAGACACUGGGUUAGAUAAUAAACUAGAUUUUCUUGCCGCUUACAUAGUUAAUAAUAUAUGGUCUGAAAUUUGACUAAACGGCCGAGCUUCAAUUGCUUUAAUAAGAUAAAAAGGAGUUGGGACGCGACUGCAGAAAACAACGGCGACGUCUAGGAUAAAAUAUCGGUACUGCGUGACAUGCGACCACUGCACACUAACACAUCCCAAGACACCAAUGACUGGUCUAAACAUAAAUAUCUUACUAAAAACAUCACUGAAAUUAAAUUAUUUCAUACUAAAAAUAUUACAUACUGCCCAUAUGACAUAAAUAUACGUAUAAUCAAUGCAUCUUUUCAUUGGUUUAAUCACAAAGAAAAUUUAAUAGGCCGCGGGUUUCGUCCGCUGUAAAAGAGAUAUAAAACAAGAUUGAAUCCAAAAAUUAAAAUUCUGAUAUAUUUCAGCUUGAUUAUGCUCAU